AUGCGUCCUAUCCACCUCGUCUAUCUUGUCCUAUCCGCCGCUGCUUUCGUCGCCGCAAACCCGAUAUCACCGGCCCGAAGUCCCACAUCAGACACAACCCACCGUCUCGCUGUUCGCCAAAGCUCGCCUGCCGAUGGAGACGCCUCGCCCGACGUUGUUUUGCCUCCUGUCGAAGAAGUAUUUGCUCUUAUGGCUGCGCCGGACACAACGGCACCCUCGCUGGCAAGUUCCGUCGCUUCGUCUGUUGUCUCUCCCAGUCCUUCCACGCCGUCGCCCCUCGAGAAAGCACAACAAAGCAAACCCGCCCCCGGCACCACCCACCCCUCGCGCCUCAUCUUUGUCGCCGUUGUCAUCCUCGCCAUGCUCGCCGUGAUCAUCGCCGUCUAUGUCUUCUCCCACCACCGCCACCAGAUGCGAAUGAGCAAACUCGACCAACUCGACGGUGUUUCGGUCAUUAAGAAGCAGGGGAGCGAUAAGGACGACGAGAAGCACUGCUCUAUCGUCGACAUCUCGCGCAACUUCCCCCGCUCAAAGUUCUCCGUGACCUCAUCUGAUUACCCGAUCUCGGCACGCGGUACCGUGACCUCGUAUGCAUCCACCUCCGACGCGUCAACUGACGACGGCAACUACGACCAACAUCGCGACAGUGUCUAUGCACGAGAACAAGAUCGUGGGAUGAUGGACCCGGCACACUUUUUUGCACUGCGCUCUUCCUCGAUGUCAGCCUCGCCGCCCCGCCAUUCGAGAAUAGGGAGCGAGCCCGCUUUUGGCAUUCCGCGGUACGAUGAGCGGAGUAGCAGGAGAUCGCGCUCGGUUACGGUGUCGGGAGGGAGUAUGCAUUGGCAGUAUUAG